UUUCUGAUAGGCGAGAACCCGCUUUCAGUGUCUUCCGUUGCGGCAGAGGAUAAAGAUUUCUCCGACCGAGCCAGAGCCUAGUCCAAAUCCGAAUCGAGAUGUCCUUCCUGGAGUUUCUGCUGCUCCUGUUGGUGGUCUACUACGUGGGCUAUGUGCUCCUCUGGAUCCUGCUCGACUGCAAUGUGGCCCUGUGGUACAAGUCCCGCUUCGGAGUCUCCUUGUCGUCGAUGCGCGGCCAGGUGGUUUGGAUAACAGGUGCCUCGAGUGGAAUUGGCCGAGCAUUGGCGCACAGUCUGGCCAAACAUGGCGUGAAACUGGUGCUAAGUGCACGCAGGGUGGAACAGCUGGAGGAGGUGCAAGAGGAGUGUCUGGCUGCGGCCAAGGGACUACUGGCCACCAAGGAUGUCCUGGUCGUACCCAUGGACAUGCUGGAUAUAGAUGAGCAUGGAACGCAUUUGAACACGGUGCUCAAUCACUUCCAUCGACUGGAUGUCCUCGUGAACAAUGCCGGCAGAUCGCAGCGAGCCAGUUGGACCGAAAUCGAGAUCGAGGUGGAUCGGGAGCUCUUCGAACUGGACGUCUUCGCCGUGGUCCAUCUCAGCCGCCUGGUGGUUCGCUACUACGUGGAGCAGAACGGUGGCAGAGGUCACAUCGCCGCCACAUCCAGCAUAGCUGGCUUCAGUCCGGUGCCAUUCUCGGCCACCUAUUGUGCCGCCAAGCAUGCUCUGAACGCCUAUCUGCUUUCCCUGAAGGUGGAAAUGCGCAAGCUGGACAUCAGCAUCUUUGCCCCGGGACCCAUUGCCACGGACUUCCUGCAGGAGGCCUUCACGGGAUCACAGGGCGGAAAAGUGGGCAUGAGUACGGCCAAUCAGAAACGCAUGACUGCCCAGAGAUGUGGCGACCUAUUCGCCGUGGCCUUGGCCAAUAAGAUGGAUCUCACCUGGUGUGGUCUAUUUCCGGUCAAUCUAUUGGCCUACUGCGCCAGGAAUCCCACGUUGACCAAGAUACUGGGUCAGUUCAUGACCGAGAAGACGCUGAACAAGAUUCGCGAGGGUAAACUAUGAGAAGAUCUCUCGUUCUAAGCCCUCUCCCUCCUCUUACUCCGCCAAGUGGUUCUCAGUCAACUUUUAUACUAUUGUACAAUGUUUAACUAUGUAAAAAAGUGUAUAAAUAUGUACACAAGAUUAA